UUGGGGAUCCUCAUCACUGUCAUCUUCAUCAUCUUCCGGAAGCAAAAGAGAAAAUCAUGAGUAAAAUUCGUCGAUGAUUCAUUCAUCAUUUGUUGUCUGCAUAACAACAUUAAAGGUCGCUGAUGAAUGAUUAAAUAAAAUUUUAAUGAAUAAUUUAUUGCGGUUAGAUUUUGUUUUAAUGCUAAUUUUUACCUUCUUUAUCCCUUUCACUAUCUCACUCACAGACAAAAAACACAAAAUAUAUGUUAUAUGUCAGACCAGUAACUUUUACCAUAUGUUUUUGGCAGAUCAAAAGCUUUCAUGCGAAGUUCAUGAAAUUGUUGGAAGGAUAAAUGGAAGAUUUGGAACUCUUACAACUGUUCCAAUACAUCAUUUAGACCGUUCGCUCGAUUUCCAUGCAUUAUGUGCACUAUAUGCUGUAACUGAUGUUGCUCUGGUUACAUCUUUAAGGGAUGGAAUGAAUCUCGUGAGCUAUGAGUUUGUGGCCUGCCAAGCUUCAAAGAAAGGGGUGCUUAUCCUAAGUGAG